AUGGAAGCCGGCUUCGUAAACAAUGCCGAGAGCGACGAAGCCAUCGCCAACAACAACGUCAACGACGCUCGUCGAGGUCCGCCCCCCGAGCUCGCCGGACCAGAAGUCGUGCUCCGGAAUCUACCCUCAGACGACGACGACGAAGAAAAAGAGGAUUAUGAGGAAGAGGAAGGUCCGGAGACGGCGCAGAAAAGCGCGCUCAGCGUCCCGGGGCCGGUGUACGCGUCCACGUACACUAACUCGCCGUCCUGGAUGUCGACGUACACAUCUUCCACACGCGCCACGACAUACACCACCGCCCACGAGCGCUCGCGGCGGGACAGGGACGCGGACGGCGAUUGGCUGGACGUGAGGAGCCACAGGCCGCCGUAUCCCCGGCGACCGAGGACCUCGAGAGGGGACGCCAGGACGAGGUCCUUCGGGGCGGGGCAGGGACAGCGGUCUGCCGGAUGGGGCUUCGGUACGGGGUCGGGGACAGGGUCGGGGAUCGAGGUGGUGGGUUGGGAUGCAGCGGAGAUAGAGGGCGGGAGUUAUUGCGUCCUUGAGGGGGCGAGGUGGGAGGAGCAGAGGGCCCCUUCGACGCCGAGGCAGCAGCAGCAGCAACAAGAACAAAAACUCCGUAGUAAGAAGGGUGCUGUCGGGAAGGGGAAAAGGUGGAGAGGCAAGUUCGGACACUUGUCUGAUGUCUCGAAGACGAGGUCGCUGCCGCUUGUGGAGCCGCCGACACCGCGAUACGUGUACGAUGUCUUUGUGGUGUCUGCCUCGCGGACCGGGGCGGAGGGGCUCGGGGUACCAUACAUGUCGGGGAAGGGUCACGCCCGGGCCGUCUACUCAAUGGCGUACGUCAGGGGUACCGGGUCCGCGAGAGGUCCAUGGGGCAUGUUCUCUUCCAAGAACAACGAUGGAACGGGUGGCCUCCUGGAGGUCAUCUGGCGGGAGGGUGUCUGGAAGGUUGUGUUGGGGUGUUUGCAUGAUGUGCUUGGCCUCGGAAGUGGAGGCGGUUGGAUAGACGAUGUAGACUAG